AUGUAUCACGACAACCCUUCGUCGCGCUCCCCAGGGUCGCAGCGCCACCAGCAGCCUUUGCACAGGCAACCUUCGCGUCAGUUCGAUGCCUACGGUCCAAUGCCGUCCAACCCUUACGAGGAUCCCCUCGCCCGGUACGAUACAGGCCGGCUGGAGCGGCUGAACCCGCUCCACGCCGGCUCCAACUACGGCUACGAGCUUUCAGGCUCGCAGACUUGGAACCCAAACGGAUUCAGCGGAGCCCACACUCUCGGGGGUAUCGGAUCUGCCACCGGGCGGAUGAAGCCAUCUGGCCGAGGCAGGACCGGAUUGCCUACGACUUGGUUGGACCACCAGCCAGGCGCUUCUCCCUUGGGCGGUCUCGCCCCCGGCUCGCUGUCGGGCUCUCAAAUGCAAUCGGCUUCCAGUCAGGACGGCGACGAUGAGCUGAUUCCGACCGCAAUUGUGAUUAAGAACAUCCCUUUCGCCGUCAAGAAAGAGCAGCUAGUGCAACUCAUGACCGAGAUGAACCUUCCACUGCCGUACGCAUUCAACUACCAUUUCGACAACGGUGUUUUCCGCGGCCUUGCUUUCGCCAAUUUUACUUCGGCCGAAGAAACAGCAACGGUCAUUGAGAUGUUGAAUCAUUUCGAACUUCAAGGCCGCAAGCUGCGUGUUGAGUACAAGAAGAUGCUCCCGUUGCAAGAACGAGAGCGCAUUGAAAGGGAAAAGAGAGAACGCCGCGGGCAACUAGAGGAGCAACAUAGACCCAUGCCCAACUCGCAACUGCAGACGCAGAGUUCCAUGUCGUCCCUCGCAUCUCACAUUCCCGCAACAUCUCCGUCUCCAGUGUCCCAGCGUGGUCCCAAACUAGCAGACUGGUCCACAGACGUGGAUCUAAACGACAGCCAGACUUUGCAGUUUUACUCGCAGAUGCUCCUUUUCAAGGAAGACAUGGGUCGCGAAGCCCUCAUCUUUCCAUCCAACUUGACUCCAGUCCAGCGACGCACCGUUCACACUCUCGCACAUAACAUGGGUUUGGGCCACGCAUCCCGCGGAACUGGUGACCAACGUCAAGUACACGUUUACCGACCUGCCCCUGGCUCCAAUGUCAGCCCGCCUCUGUCUUCGAUACCCGCCACUGUGCAGGCCACCGAUGCAUCUCGCCGUGGCCUGAACCGCGCCGCCACAAUUGAUUUUGGAGAAUCGCGCAGUGAGGGGCCAGGCCCGUUUAACACGCUGCGCGGCCAGAGCUCAACCUUUUUGGGCGUGUUGGAGUCACCAGGUGGCUUCGGAAAUUCGCAAAACCUGCGCGCGGCCAAGUCCUUUGCUGACUUGCGCUCUUAUACCCCGUCUCCUGUGCCAUCGUCUGCCAGUUUCCCUGCCAGUCUUCAGACCAAUGGAGCGCGUCUUCAGCAUCAAUACGAUGCUGCCACUAGCGGAACAUCGAACACGCCAACCCUGACACCAACGCCCUCCGGUGCUUCUCUCGGCAUGCAACGCGACGACGGCCUUCUUGUGAACAGCCUCGGAAAUCUUUCCUUGGGAACGGGCCUAGGUGGGCCAUCGAGCAGCCCUCGACGACUGCGUGGAAUGUUCUCGUGGGAACAAGACAACCAACCCACAAGCGCGGGAACAAUUGGAAGCAACCGCUCUAUCGGUGUGGGAUUUGACAACCAGUCACAGGAACGAAUUCCUUUACGACAACCUCGCGGACCAGCUCCGGAGCGUGGCCCCGGCUUUCGACGCCAAAACGGCCACCAAUCACGCGGCAGUGAUGAGCUCCGAUCUGGCUCUGGUGUUGAAAUAAUUGUUGAAUAG